AUGAACCAAUCCGAACCUCUAGACUUAUCAAUGAAAAAGUCAAAUUUGAAAAUCGUCGACUUCAAAUUCUUAUGUGGCCUGAACGAUCACUUGAUAAAGUUGUACGAAAGUACGAACAGGCUGGAUAAGGCUGUGUGUGUGAAAACCAAGAGUGUGCUGCCGUGUGAAGUGUGCUUGAAGACCUUCGACAGGCCGUCGCUGUUGAAGAGGCAUAUGAGGACUCAUACGGGGGAGAAGCCACACGUGUGCAACAUUUGUGGCAAGGGUUUCAGCACAUCCAGCUCUCUAAACACUCACAGAAGAAUUCACACCGGAGAAAAGCCACACAAGUGUCCGGAGUGCGGGAAAUGUUUUACAGCAAGCUCCAAUCUAUACUACCAUCGUAUGACGCACACUAAGAACAAGCCCCACAAAUGCACGUGGUGUCCACGCUCAUUCCCCACUCCAGGGGAACUGCGAGCCCACUUGCAGUCCCACAGUGGGUCGACUAGAACCAUAACAGCACAACCGUGGACCUAUGUUACGAACCAGGACUUUCGAUCGAGUUAUAGGAAAUAAUUGAAUGUCAAUUACAUGUAAUA